CCAAGCGCGGGGGAAGAGCCGCGCCGGGAGAGCCCCGCGGCUUCUCCGUGACAGCGCCGAGGGGGUUAACCCGCUCCCCGCGGCGGGCCGGGGCGAGCCCCCGCCUCCCGUGCCAGCGGCGAAGCGGACACGCACACACACACACACACGCUCACACACACGCGCGGGCGAUGGCUGAGGGGCGCGGGCUCGAUUUUCCCCGAGAUGAUGUCAAGAGCUUGGGAGAAGGAGGAGGAGGAGGAGGAGGACGGUUGCUCUUUUUCUUAACGGCUUUGUUCUAAAAUCAUCCUAAAUAAAGCAGCCCCAGCCCCGAGCGCCAGGGAAGCAGCCGUUAAAGUAGCGCUUUUUUUUUUUUUUUCCUUCUUCUUUUUUUUUUUUUUUUUUUAAAUUUUUCUCCUCAUCUCUGGCUUUGUGUCCGACUGGGGCCGAGCCCCCUCCCUGCGCUCCCGGGCCGCUCUCUUCGCCGGGGAAGCCGCCGGAUUUUUUCCGCUCCUCCCGGCAGCCCGAGCCCGGAGGUAGCGCCCGCCGCCGUCCCGCCCCGCCGCUGCCCCGGGCAGGUGCUCCGCCGCUCCCGGCGCCUCCUCGCUGCCCUCCCGCCUCCCCCGCCCGCCGGCCGGGGCGGCUCCGCGCCGCUCCUCCCGCUCGGCGCUGGCUCCCCGCCGCCAGGGCCACGCCGGCGGCCCGGCGCCCCCGCCUCCCGCCGGAGCGGCGGCGCUGCCCGCCGCGCCCGGGGAUGCUGCCCCCAACUCCCCGCCCGCCGCCUGACACCGCCGCCGCCGCCCUCGCCGAGCCGGACGUCGCUCCGCUGCCCGCACCGCGGCCACCUGCAGCAGCCCGGCUCCCCGCCGCCCGCCUCGCACCGCGGCGGAAGGAAUAAAGCGCCCAGCCCGUCCCGACCCUCCCGACCGGCGCUCCCUCAGGCAGCCGGGGCCGGGGCGGGCCUGGCCCCCGUGGGCCGCCCCCAACGGCCGGAGCCCGGGUGCCCUCCGCCCCUCGCCCCCUGCGCGGCUCCCCGCGGAUGGGCGCGCUGCCGCCGCCCGUCCCCCCCCGGCCCCGCCGCGCCGCCUGAAGAAACUUGGGACGGCGGCGGCCUCCGCCUCCCUGCCGCGCCCCGCCCGGGCUGCGGGGGACCCUUCCCCGCGGCGCCGCGCCAACUUCGCGGGGGGACCCGCCCGCCGCAGGACUCCGGGCCGGGUCCGCCGGCCCCUCGGCGGGGCGCCGCCCAGCGCCCCCUUCCCGCGGCGGGGACCCCCUGCCCCUGGCCUCGGUGCUGGGGAGGAGCGGGGGUGCCCUGGAUGGCCCUGCGCACUGGGACGGCUUGGUUUGGGCAGGUCCUGCGCAGAGUUUCCCGGCUCCAGGGCACCUGGUCCCGGCGCUCCAGCAGCCUUCUGUGUCUCUCCUCCUCCCAGGAGCCCGAGCAGGCGGGCGGAGAGCGGCCGCCGCCGCAGCACAAGCUGCCCCGGAGCAGCGGCAGCGGCGGCGGCGGGCGCCGCCAGCCCCCCCGGCAGCUGCCCUCCUGCUGCGGCUGCUGCGGCCUGUCGGAUCCCCGGGCGGCCAGGGGGGGACAUGGUCCCCUCACUCGCCCCUUGCUGGCGGCCAUGAAGAGGCAGAACGUGCGGACCCUGUCCCUCAUCAUCUGCACGUUCACCUACCUGCUAGUCGGGGCUGCCGUCUUUGAUGCCCUGGAGUCCGACAACGAGAUGCGGGAGGAGGAGAAACUCAAAGCCGAGGAGAUCCGGCUGAAAGGAAAGUACAACAUCACCAGCGAGGACUACCGGCAGCUGGAGUUGGUGAUCAUGCAGUCCGAGCCGCACCGGGCCGGCGUGCAGUGGAAAUUCGCCGGCUCCUUCUACUUUGCGAUCACGGUCAUCACGACCAUCGGUUAUGGACAUGCCGCCCCAGGGACAGAUGCGGGGAAGGCCUUUUGCAUGUUCUACGCGGUCCUGGGGAUCCCACUGACACUCGUCAUGUUCCAGAGCUUGGGCGAGCGCAUGAACACCUUCGUCAAGUACCUCUUGAAACGCAUAAAAAAGUGCUGUGGGAUGAGGAGCACCGAGGUCUCCAUGGAAAACAUGGUCACUGUGGGUUUCUUCUCCUGCAUGGGAACACUCUGCAUUGGAGCAGCAGCCUUUUCCCAGUAUGAGGAAUGGAGCUUUUUCCAUGCUUACUAUUACUGCUUUAUAACAUUGACUACGAUAGGGUUUGGAGACUAUGUGGCCCUGCAAACCAAAGGGGCCCUUCAAAAGAAGCCUCUCUACGUGGCUUUUAGCUUUAUGUACAUUCUGGUGGGGUUGACAGUCAUCGGGGCAUUUCUAAAUCUGGUUGUUCUCAGGUUCUUAACCAUGAACAGCGAGGACGAGAGGCGGGAUGCUGAGGAACGGGCAUCCCUGGCAGGGAACCGCAACAGCAUGAUUAUCCACAUCCAAGAGGACCCCCAGCAUGGUCGGCCACGGUACAAGGCCGAAGUAACAGACCUUCAGUCAGUUUGUUCCUGCAUGUGUUACAGGUCCCACGAGUACACCAGCCGGGUGGUGUCCCACCAAAAUUCGUUCAGCUCGAAGCUGAACCCCCAGUACUUUCACUCCAUCUCUUACAAGAUCGAGGAGAUCUCGCCAAGCACAUUAAAAAACAGCCUUUUCCCGUCUCCUGUCAGCUCCGUCUCACCUGGGUUGCACAGCUUUACAGAUAACCACAGGCUGAUGAAAAGGCGAAAGUCCAUUUAAAGGGAUUUUUCUUUCGCUUUCCUUGUUCUCCCCAGUUCUUCUCCGUUGUUUUGGGGUUUUUCUUUUUGUUCCUUGUGUGAGACGGAGCGAGGCCAAAGGGAGCAGAGAAAGCCAGUCCUCCUCCGAGACUCAGCUCUUGAGCAUGAAGCAUGGAUUAUUUACUGUUCCAGCAAAGUAUGCCUUACAUUACCCCCUCGGUGGAUGUCAGAGGAUUCAAGGUGACGUGAAGUGGGUACCAAAUCCAAAGUUGCACACACAGCUGGGAGCCUUCAUGUGCCGCUGGCACUCCUGACCUAAUAAACUACUUUCCUCACGAGCAGGUUGCAGCGUGCGUGCUUGCGUGUGUGUUGGGUGUGCGUGUGCGUGCAAUUCCACAAACAGUGCCAUGUGACAAAAAAAUUGACGCAUCAGGUAUUAUUAUUUUUUUGUUUUGUUUUUUUUUUUUCCCUUGAAGCAAUUGUGUUCCAGCCUGCUUUUAACUUUUGGAUUGCUUCCAAAAGAAAUGGGGAGGGUGGGAGGGGAGCCAAUUUGAUUUUAUUUAUUUAUAUUUCUUUUGCCAAGACAAGCAUGCGCCAUAAGCAGCCAAUAUACCAGGUGUAUCAUUAUAAAUUUUUUAAUGCUAGAUUUUAGAUUGUAUUGACAUUAAAAAAAGGCAGGAAAAGAAGGACCAUUUCAGCUUGCCAGUUCAAAAUUAAAAAUAAAUAAAUAAAUAAAAUAAAGCAUGCACUUUGUAAAACUGGUAUGCAUAAUAAAAACACAAGAAAAACUAGCAAUGGAAUUAAUAAUCAAAAGCAAAUAAUCCUAUUGAUUUAACUAUGUUUAGUUUUAUCAUUUUCAACUGUUCCAACAAUUUGCAAGUGGAAUUUUUAAGGCUGAUCAUAAGAAUUGUUGGAACUAAAGAGUGCAUUUCGUUAUUUUUAUUUUAUUUAUAAAAUUAUUAUUAUUAUUAUUAUUAUUAUUAUUAUUAUUAUUAUUAUUAUUAUUAUUAUUAUUACUAUUAUUAUUAUUUUGUGCAGAAAUUACCUGCAUGAAUAAGAAUUACGUUUUUGGGAAUGCUUGGAUUAGGAUGGGUAUAAAUAGGCGGAUGUAUAUUUUUUUUCUUAUAUAAUAGUGGCAGGGCAUUCCUUGUUUUAAAUAAAAAAAUAAAGUUGAUUGUCUCUAAAUGCUUUUGAUUUGUAAAUAAUGGAAAGCCUUUGUUGGUCUCAGGAAGAAUUCAAGGGACAGUAUCUUGUGUUUGGCUCACUGGGAACUUGUGAGAUUAGAUGUGAUAUUGCUUUUUUGCUGGGUGGAAAGGCAAAAAGCAUUUAGCAGUAAUGGGCAAAAGCAGCUUUAUUCCAGUGUUGGGAGUGAUUACGUUGGCAAGUCAUAGUGGAGGCUGUUGAGACCACGUCAUAGAGACUGUCCAUCACUCAGUUGUUCAUCUGGACCAAACAGACUUUACAGAACCGAAUUAGAGGCCUAAUCCAGCUCCCUUUUAAGACAAUAGGAAUUUGCAAUUAUUACAUGGGAUUUAGUGCUUUUGGGAGAUUUGUGUUUGAUUUGACAGGGAUAGGGUUGGGAGUUUUAUCAAUCUGCACCUUUGUCUCUGAUUUAAUCCUGUCUUUUAAAUCACCUUCUGUGUUAAUUCGCCGUACAAAACCCAUCCUUUUUUGGCACUAAUCACCUCCUGCUGAUUCUACCAUUUUGUGCUCUCAGUGUAAAAACAAUAAUCCUUUUUUUAAAAAAAAACUAGAUGGUGUGUUUUUGUCCAAGCCCCAGCUCUGAGCUUUGUGUGCUGAUGGAUGCUGAUAUCCUUUCAAAGAGGCAUCUAUAAAAAGCAUUAAUAGGGAGAAAUAAGGAAUGUCAUUCCUCCUCCAUUCUCUUCUCCCUGGCUUUAAAUUAUUAGUUAUAUCAAAGAUGUUCAUGUUCUCCUAAUUCCCAUAUCUGUGUUUCAACAAGUAAAUGAAAAGCGAGUAUCCAUGACUUUGACUCCCCUGUACAGCUUCCUUUGGGAUUAUAAAUUGCUGUGGCGUGAAAACCUCUAUUAAGAUUAGUGAAGAAAUAGUUUAGGAUUCUUAAUGAGGAUGGAUGAGGAUGGACUUUUUCAUCCUGACAUCUGGGGACAACAUCCUUCAGCACAGUAGGAGAGGGUGCUGGGUGCGUUAAUGGUGUGCUGCUGGUACCAAGUCCUAAGGCAAAUGCCGAUGGCAGAAGUAUUGAAAGAAACAUACCUAGAAAAGCAGUUUCAAGACAUGUAAAACCACCUCAGUGAUUACCACCUGGAAGCUGGUUUCCAUGAGGGUGGCCCAUAGGGUUCACAGUGCUGUCCAAAUCCACUUUUGUAGUCUUUGCUGGUGGCAUCCCAGAAGUGCAAAUAAAUCUAGGUUUCUUUUCCUGCUAAGCAAAUAAGAAAAGAAAUGUCUGGAAUAUACACAUCUGUAUAAUGUACAGCUGUUGAGUGUGUUUGACACUGCAGAAAAGCAGGAAAAAUUUGGGAUUUUGCAGAACUCGAGUGAAAUUCUCUCGGCCUAGAAAAGGAGAACGUUUGUAACAGGAGUUUCAGCAAAAAAUUUAGAGUUUUGUGAAAACAGUUAUAUCAUAUAAGACAUUGGUUAGCUUUUCCUUUUUUUCUUUUUUUUUUUUUUUCAUUUAAGAAAAGAAGAAUAUUCUAUUUCUGAUGCAUAUAGAAAUAAUCUUUAAAUAUCCUAUAAAUAAUGUUGAACUCCAGAAGUUCAAAUCUGUUACAUUAUCUAGCCGAUUUGUUGCUAAAUCUUCCCUUUGGAACCAUAAAUGAAGAGUAAAUUUUAAUAUAUGAGGUAUUUAAUUAGGCAAGCAAUUUACCUGGGCAUGUCAUGGGUUAUCUGCCGCUUAGAGUCUUUGCAUUAAAACUCAAUGUCUUUAUAAAAACUCUACUUUAGCUUUGUCAAAGUUUAUAGACAUGAUUGAAGAAUCUAAGUAUGCUGAUACGAAGAAGCCAGAGCAGAUAACUGUAGUGGUGCUUUAAAAGCUCUAAUGAGUGUGUAUGUGGGAAAGUGUUUUGCUAAAAUGUACCUACAUUCCUUAGGAUUCGAAAAUAAGUUAAUAUCUUUUUUAUUUUCUGUCUGUAGAACCUGCAAUUCUAUCCAACCUAUAUUUUUGUGAUGCGUGAGAUUCUAAAGUGGCAAGAGAUUUCCUUCGCAAGCCUGCAGGCUUCCAGACAUUUGCAUGAGCUCUUGCAGAACUUUUCUUUGUGAGCAGCCAGGAAUACAAGAACUCUCAUCUGCACACAUCAGUACGCCAGGCCAAUAUGCCUCUCUCUUCCAUCAUUUUUGUGGUUCGACUGAUGUGUGAGUAAUGACUUGGGCUGUCUGGAACUGGAACAGACAGUAUUGUGAAAGGGAAGCUUUUGUCUGAGGUUAAUCCCAGCUUUUCAGUUACACAUGAAAAAUUAACCAGAGAAAGGUGAGCUGAUUUGUGUCUGCUCUGUCUCUGCCUUCUCUUUGCCCUACAUGAAUACCCAUUUUCUUCCCAUGACACUGCUUUUCACUGAAUAUUUUCUCUGGUACAUUAUUAGUUUUGUUCCACUUAUGACAUUAUUUCUUUCAGCUCAACCUCUCUUCCUUGCUACUCACUUCUUUGAAAUUCAUAUAGAAGCAGGUAAUAGUGGUGUUGCUUAUGACAAGGCGUCCUAAUAUCCAAAAUAUCUAACCUGUGUUUCAGUAGCACACAGACGUCUACUAUCACUUUGUGAUGCACUCUCAUUCCCCAGAGUCUCAUUUCUCCUACCCUUCCCUAUUAUUAAGCAUUAGAAAUAAUAAUAAUAAAUCAGAUUACUCUAUUUAUGUCACACUAAUGUACUCUUCAUCAAAACAACACAAAUUUAGCUCCCUGCUGUCGACUUUGAUUAUAUAACAACCCCAUUAUCCUAUCAUAUUUCAUAUUAUCAUCAAAGGGAAAAAUCAGUUUGAUCAGUGAAGCAUCAAAAUAGCUUUGACUGAGCAUGCUGUGAUACGUAAACGAAAGAGGAAACUUAGCAGAACAAUGCAGGCACAACUAUCUGCUUGGUCUUCAUUACUGCGUAAGGAAGAUCAUGACUGAUCUAACUGGGGCUGCUUUGCCAGAACUUUGUACAUAUAUAUGCUUUACAGGGAUGACUGUAAUGGGGCAGCUCUAGAGGUGGUGUUUGGAUGUUACUUGAAGGGUCCAAAAUAGCUUCUUGGUUGUUAAUGGAUGGAGAAGAUGUACAGUGAACUUCAGCAAUAGUCUUCUGUUUGGAAUCCUCUGUAACAGCUCAUUAGGACAAAAUCAGCAUCAUUAUUAAAACAAAACAAAACAAAACAAACAAACAAACAAAAGCAACAACAAGCCCCCAAAACAAAUAAACAAAAACCAGAAACAAACCAAAACCAAAAGGAGGGAAGUGACCACGUUGAUCUACUAUGUUGUCGGUUCUCAUUUAGUUUCUUAGCACUUCGCUCGAAGAAAUGCCGGGGCAGUAAUCAAGAUUAUUGCAAAUCAAACCUGAGAAAGGUAAUUUCUUGUUUCCUCUGACAGAUUUGAAAGCUUUUGUCAUGGAAAAAGAAGAAAAAAAAUACUUGUUGCUAAAAGCUUAAAAAAGAGCAGUCAUUGGAACUAAGAUCGAGAAUGAAAAUGUUCCAGCAUGACUUGGUGUUUGCAGACCAGAGGGCAGGGGCUUAGGUUGAUGUGGCUUUCAGCUGAAGUUUAUGUAUGUCCUCAUUUAGCUUUAUGUAACAUUCCUGUUAAUAUUGGGAUCUAAUUAAGACAGAUGUUUAAAAUCUCUGUGAGGAAGCCAGACCAGAGAGAUGUGUUGGAGUGUGUCCAUUACACUAAUGUCACGGGCUUUUUAAUGCAUAUUUCAACAAAAGACUAUUAUUGACUGGAAUAUUGCACAAAUUACAAUGAGAAUCACACCACCACUACUUUCGUCAUCUAGAGGUGCAUAGCACUCUCAGAAUCAAGAAAUAAAUAAUGCUUUUCUGACCAGCCUGCUUGUCACCUAAGUUUAAUAUCAAACUUUAUUUUUGGAACUCCAGCAAGAUAAAGCGUAUGAAAAGGAUUAUCCAUCAUAACAACACACCAAAAUCAAAAGAAAUAGUAUAGUGACAUUGGAUGCAGAGAAAUUGAUUACAGAUGGAAGGUGCUUGGGGACUCUUAUACUAGUUGAUCUGAGCUCUGAGGCUGAAUUAAAUCCGUGAAAAGUGCUGGUACCCUUCACCAAAAUGCAGCAUGCAAUUAUUUAAGAUGUACAUAAUGAACGUUGCAAAAGAAAUUUCACCCGUAAAAAGUCAUAGAAGGCCAAAAGUAAAGAUGGGAAGGAAGAAAGAAAUUUUUCUCAACAGCAGGCAUCACAUUAUUUCCCAUUGAAAACACAGUGAGGUGAUACUGAAGUCUGUUGUCCUUCAAUCUGGGUAGAAUCUGUUAGGGAUAUGUCCUCUGCUUAGUCAAGGUCUAUGCCUUUGCUGGUCUUUCCUUCACUUGUACUCCCAAGUGUAAGGGCUCAGUAGGAUGUAAGCAAACUCUUUCUUUAAAGUCUGGAGUGGCAGGACCUUCCUCUGAAGCCAAUGGACACUUUACUAAAGCUAAACUUAUUCAGCCUUGCCCUAAGUCUUUCAUUAAACAGGAAAUUGUUCGGUGAUUGUUAUCUUUCCCUCUUCCCCAAAGAGGCUUCUCCACAGCCUGUGACUGAUUCUCAGUCAAACUGUAUUGUCCCUCACACAAAUUUCCAAGUUGUGUACAAGUACACAUCGAUAUCCCCUUGAGCGAAAAGUCCAACAUAAAUCUUUGAAUUGAGGAGCUUUCAGGAUUUGUGUCCCUCUUACACUGAGAACUCUGCAAAGUUUCUCCUUUCUUACUGGAGAACACAGACAUGGUUGGUUUUCCGCAUAACCCAGGUAGAUGUUGCAGCUGAUAAGCUGGCACUUUCUGGACUAUUUGCUGAAGUGGGCAGCUUCAUAUUGCUGUACAUUUCUAAGCUAAAGAGAAAUCAAAGUGCUGUCAGGCUAAUUUUUUUCUCACACAUAUUUCCAGUGUGGUAACCUAACUGAUUUGGGUUCAACACACUGAGUCCUGAUUGAUACCCCUUUACCGAAAGUGCAGUGUGAGCCUUUUUACCUUUUGCUUCUAUUUACUGCUAGAUACUAUCUCUUGAACUUCAACUAGUGCCAUGAACAAACCUUCCUAAACCUAAUGGAGAACAGAAAGACCUAAAGACAACAGUCAACCUGUAUACUUUAUGCUUAAUCGAAUCCAUUCAUCCAAAUCUGCCCGGUAAUUUUAGGCUGGAAAUACUAUCCCUGGGGCCUUCAGCCUUCAGUUGUCCCUCCUUCUGUGAAUAUUGUAAUUAAUAAGUAAGGCAGAGCCUGUCCUCACCUUUCUUUCUGACCAUGCGAGGAGGGCUGCUAUACAUUAACACCCACACACCCACACCAGAUUGAAGGAAAAAAGAAAAAAAAAGAGGAUCAAUGCUGCAAUUUUAUUGGUAAUUAAUAUUCACAGUUCCAAGCUGUGUUGUCUUUUAGUUCACUUUGAGAAAUGCAGAGCAAACAACAGCAUGACAACAUUUAUCAUAGCUGGCUAAUUCACAAGUGGAGUUAGCAAAUAUAAUAAUUGAAACUAUGCUCUAUAAUGCAUCUUCCUCAUGCCUGAGUUCUGAUACCACUAGCCUGGCUUUGAUUCAUUGUCUCUCUGGUCUGUGGAACAGCUUGCAGUAAUUGCUGUAUCCAGAGCACUACACUUGAGGCUAGAAGAGAGAUCCAUUUCACAGACAUCAACCCUCUGGCUUUCUCCAUAUGCUCUCCUCCCCUUUCCUACCCAGACAUUAACUCAUUAGUUUGCCAUUUCAUAGAUGUAUGUUCAGACCCAAGAUCACUGUAUUCUGUACUUUUUAUCCCCCUCAUCUAUUAAUGAAAAGCAUUAUGCUACAGAAACUGCACCCUGGGGAUGUAAAUGUUCCACUCUAAUUACUACUGACAAAAGAAAUCUACAGAUUGAUUAAAAACAAUAUGAGGGGAAUCAAAUAGAAAAUGCAAAGUGCAUAAACCUGCAUGGGUGAUAUCCAGUUCUUCCAUGGCUGGGACACAAUCCUUUAGCUCGUGAAGCAAUUUUGGGAGUAUGUUUGUCUUGGAGAAUGCCAUCAGGAGAAAUGGCAGCAUGAAUGACAUGAGCAGGCAAAGAGUCACAGUGGUGUGGCUCAUUGUCUGUAGAUCAUUGGUCAGGUCUGUGGUGUGGUUUCAAAUUAAGAAAGAGCCAAGGGUCUUCUGGGUUCAGCCUAUUUGCUUUUCACCUGCCAGCAUCCUCCCAAGCAGGAGUGGCAGGAGGUGUGGGAGGGAUGGACCAUGACUGGAUUGUCAAUGGUGAGAUCACAUUACUGAUGUUGGUGUCAAGCAGGAAGCAGGGAAAAUGGUGUCAUCUAGAGCAUCUUCCCUCUACUUUUCCUUGGAAGAGAUCAGUUACACCAUCCCUCCUAUUGCCUGCAGCAAAUGCGUACUGUGGAUCAGAAAGACCUGGGUUGUGGUAUCCUUGCCCAUCUUUGAUAGCAUCUCCCCAGAGCUGUGCUAUAGAAAUGUGUGGGAAAUGCAAAGCUUCUCCAGCUGAUUUCAGGAGGUCACAACAUAGCAAAGAAACCUCUUCCUAUUGACUGUGUUUGGACAGUUUCUGCAUGUCAAGACAUGAUCAAAAUUGACCUUUAGAGAAAUAACAUUAAUUCAUUAUUGCUGUCUCUCCCAACAGCAUGGGUGUGCAGCUCCUUAAUCAUAAUUAUUGUUAAGAGGCUAAUUAAUCUGAUAACAGUAUUUAAUUAGAUUAGCUCAAGUAGAGUGUGUAAAUUAUUUUGGCCUCCCAGAGUCUGAAAUCUCAAGUCUACAGAAUGACUUCCAGAAGGCCUGUUUGGUAAUAUAAUUGCUGACACAGGGGUCAUGCCACAGCUGUCCUAUUGACAAACAUCAUCUUGGCAUGUUGACUGGAGCUGGUCACAGGAGUAUCUGGGCAGAGGAUUUUAUCUGAGAUCCAAUAUAUGCAAUGAGGCUCUUAAUUCUCACUGAAAUAAAUGGAUGCUUUGUGAAGACAGGCUUUGGGCCUGAUUUUGUCUUACCUGAAGAGCAAAUAAAACAGUGCCAUGUCUUAGAGAGAUGGGAUGAUGCAGAUAGAUGAGCAAGGGGCUGUAUUUCAGGAUGGAGCAUGGUUCUGGUACCCAUUUGGUGCGACGGCCGAAGUGUCUCAGCCAUGCUCUCUGGGAUAGAUUAUGCUUUUAGGAGGAAGGGUUUCUGGAUAUAUGGUCAAACAUGUCUGGGCCACUGGGGGAACAGGGAAGAUACAGGUGAAUUUUUGUGUCACAAGCUGAAUUGAUUGGGACACUGAUGCUAUGGCAUAUCUUUCUCCCAAACCCCCUCUGAGCAAGGUUAAAAAUGGCAGAGGAAAAGACUGGAUUUCAUUAUGGCCUCUGUGUGAGGGAGGAGAGGACGAACUUCUAACUUCCACACUGGGCAUGAGCUCAGGGCAGCAUUCUCCUUGGGAAUCUAGACAAGGAGCUUCAGUGACAGAGCCUUCAGAUAGUUCCAUAGCUGUUUCUUCUAAAUGUUUCCUUCAAAGCACAUUUCUCCAAUCUCUGUGAUUUGAAGCUCUUCUUCUGAGAGCCCUUUCUGAACGGUGAUGUGGUUGGAUUGAAGUUUCUUUUUCAGCAUGCAGCAAUGGGGACAUCUUAUUAUCUUCUUCGUGCUAGUCAACCAAAUGGAUCUGUGGGGCAGAUCACAGCUAUUCGCCAUGGCUGUGGCCACCAGAACCUGGCCAAAUUAUGUUCUUCAGCAUUUAAGCCCCACUUGCUCUACAGUGACUUCUUUCCAUGUGACUUCUUUUUUCUUCAAAGAAUUUUUGUCACAUGCCUUUUCCAGAAAAGAUGGAUUUCAUAUUUGCUCCUUUUUAGCAUAUCUUUUCAAUUCCCAGUUUGCAGAGAUACUACAGUGAGAGGCGGCAGUAGGAAAUUCUUCUUCAUUGUUGAUACUGUGACCUUUUCAUUCCCCUGGGAAGAUGAGUACAGCAGAGAGUGGCGUAGUCACCACCAACCAACACAACUGGUAUGCUUGAUACAAUUUAGGGAUCUCCUCAUGACAGUUUACCUCCUUUUGAUGGCUCAGAUGCAUUUACAUUGUGGCAGAUACUUUCUGUGUAUUGGAGGACAAAUAUACUACCUGCAUAACAAGAGAGGGAUCCCAGUGUCCAGGUUACAACACAUUUAAGACUCUGUUAAUCUAGCAGUUGGCUUUAUUAAGUAAUUUCCUGGGUUCCUCUCUGAGCACUGCUCUUUUGGGCUUUAAUGAAUUUGGUUAAUCCACACAAAGGUCAUUCGGGUGUGAUUACUGUUGGGUUGACCUUGUAUGAAAGAAGGACUAGUACAUGCUCCAGAAAGAGUCCUGUCUACUACAAACUUUUUAAACAACUAAUUAAUAAGCAGAGAUUACAAGAGAACACAAACCUAAUCUCUAUUUCUUUUACAGAGUGUAAAUUUCCUAUAAUAUGCUAUACAACCAAUAAUCCAUCUGUUUCUUUAUUUGCAAGGUCAGGAGUGAACUGCGAAAGAAAAAAAAGUUGUUUUCUUUUUCCUCUUCCCUUGACUUGUUAAGAUUUGUGUGGCUGUUUGUUGCCAUUGAGGAGUAUUGACUAAAACUUUUGAUCCUAGUGAUAUGACAGCAAGGGAAAUUAUUUGGAGCUGGAUAGGUCAAUAAAGAAUGGGAGGGGGGAUUAAAAUUGUUUCCAGUAGGCCAAAAGAAUGUGGAUACUGUCUCUUCAAGGUGCAAUUUCUUACUUCAACAAACUGUUCAUCUAUGAGAAACAGGCAUAAAAGUGUUCAAUUUGGGACCUAAGGAGUUUAUAUGGAAAUUCUUGGAUUUCUUCCAAACACACAUACAUGUUGAAAUUAAAUUGUGAUUCCUACUUUGGAGACUGAGCCUUCCUGCUCAGACAGAAGCGUGCGUGUAUGUGUGUGUUUGUGAGUGUGUGUCUCUUUUGGAUCUCUUGACACUUUUUGGUGCAUUUUUGUACUUCUUUGAAUGUGCAUAUGCGGACUUACCGAUGGUUUAUUGACGGCAUUCUAAAGGCCCUCAACAGCCUGAGAUUGAGCAAACCUCUCUAAAUUUCUACCCUGGUUGAUACAUUUUCUGUGCAGCACACAGAGUGUUAGAAGCAUGAUCAUCUAGAAAGAGGAGACACUUGGCUGUGGAAACUGCACUGGGAAUUUACCUUCUGGAAAAUGUUUUCUCUGCUCAUUUCAGACAUCUAACUUUAAUGCAGUUGUUGAGCUGGUCCUAGCAAAGGAGAAAGAGCAGGUCAUAAGCAUCAAGAUGCGAUUUGUUAAACCAGUGAUAACUUGAUUACGAAGAACCAAAUUAAAGACUCUUUUGUGUUUUCAUUUCUUUUUCUGUCCUUCUCUGUAGUGGGAGAGGAUGCCUUCACACAUGGCCUUAGAAUGCCGUACUGGAGUUAGAAUGCAACAACAGUCAAAUGAAAAUAAGAUGUAUUGCAGCUUACAUAAAGAAUGAAAACUGUAUCACACAAAUGUUUACAAGUCCAAGUAGACAGCGAACCCCUGUACAAUAUGUAAUUUAUGCAAGGGAUUGCAUCUUUCUUUUGUAAUGAAUGCACUAAGCAACCCUGUAUAUAUUUUACAAUGUCUUUACAGAGAAAAAACAAAAGAAUCAUUUACUGUAGUGUUGUAAAAUAAUGCACUUUUCUAAUUUUUUCAUUAAAAGUCCUAUGGCACGUUUUCAAAUGUAUAUUGUUUCUUUUAUAUUGAAUGUGGAAAUGUUAACUUCCUGUAAAAUUGCACUACAGAAGUAAAAUCCACUGAUGGAACUUAUUUUGUUAAAGAAAGUCCCUUGACAACCAACAGAUGUUUAUGAUUAUACGAUAUGUAUGUGUGUGCAUAUAUGUGUAUAUAGUGUAUAUGUAAUGUAUAUAUAUAUAUAUGUAUAUGUACACACACAUGUAUCUAGUGAUAUGUGUAUAUAAAAUGAUAUAGGUCCAGAUUUAUAUAUGAUUGUAUUAAUAUAAUAUCUAUAGAUUGAUAGAUAUAUAGAUAUGUAUAUAUAUUCAUACAUACACACAAGAAUCACAAUGUACAAACCCAGAAAGGAUUGCUCAUUAAAUUUAAGGGGGCUGAGGGGGAGAAACAUGUCGUAUACAGAAGAUAUUUUGCAUUGCAAUAAAAGCUUUUUUGACAAAAGUA